UUCAGGAAUGGAAGUGUGAGGUGUGCAACUGUACGUGCAGGAGGUGGAACGAAAGGUCAUUGACCAUUGGCUCGUUUGGCAGGUUUUGCGGCCUUACCCCAGAUUCCACGGGAACGUCUAGAAGGAAGACCCUACAUACGAGAGAUUAGGUAGAUAAUUUCAUUGGGAUGAGAAGGGAUUGUGGAAUUGUGGAUGUUCAUGGGUUGGCCGUUGACUCGAUGGGAUUGAAUGGCUUUGGAUGAAUGGGCCCCUCCUCUCCCCGUGCUUCGCCCUUCAACCACCACAGCGACCACACCCUUCCACUGCCUCCCGACGCCAUUCCACUCCCAGCCAGGAGCCUGGAAACCCCGUAAUCUAUUCGGUUCCGAUGUGCAAAUUGCCCAGGUACCUACAUAUUGGUACAAGUCCGGAGGAGAAAGAGAAGAUUGGAGAGCAGGGCAGGACGCACGCACGGAGCUCAGGACAGAACGGAUGACGGUUUGCGUGCGUGUGGAAAUGUGCAUGCAAGUGGGUGCGUGGGCAAAGCGUGGUCAUGGCAUGGAAAAUGUGUUCCACAGCGCCAUCAUAUCGUACCUUGUAUCGUACCACGCAAUCCACUACUACUUAUUACAUGCCUACCUACUAACUAACAGCUACAGGACUGGCCGAUACCGAGGUGGGAGAAGUCUUUAAGGACACAAAGCACAAGCCUUCAGUAUAGAUAGGAUUACUGUUACACUACGCUGCUAUGACACUCGCGAGAGUGGAGACGACGGCAACUUGUAACUUGGUGCUCGGGAAUGAAAAGGAGAUUUUUUUUAAUUGUCUUCUUCCCUGAAAUCUGGACGGGGGUUGGGACGAGAUCACGACCCACCAC